GGAAGUCAUGUGCAAGCAAGAGGUCAUGUCAUAUGUUUCUUUUGGAAUGAGUAUUUGUGUCUGUCAAGCCCUGAAAAGGAACAUGAUUUACUGAUAUUUGGGCGUUCUGGAGACUGGACGAAAUUUUGUGUUACUCUAUCGUAUAUAAGAUAUAACAGCCAUGGGUUACAGCUACAGAUUGUACUCAAUUUUAGGGAUACUGAGCGCCGUAGCCACUGGAAUAGUCCUGUGGUAUCUGCUGACAGAUCAACUAUACAGACUAGAUUUCGGAUGGUUCCUGCUAGCCAUACCGCCCUACAUGUGGGCUGACAUUGGUGUGGGUUUAUCAAUCUCACUCUCUGUCGUAGGAGCAGCAUGGGGUAUUUUCACAACAGGAACAAGUAUAGUUGGAGGAGGUGUAAAAGCUCCACGUAUCAGAACAAAAAAUCUUAUCAGCAUUAUUUUCUGUGAAGCUGUGGCCAUCUACGGAAUCAUCAUGGCCAUCGUCCUCUCGGGUCUAGUCAAGGAUUUUGGAACCAAUCCACUUAAAGAAGAGACGGUGGCUGCUAAUUAUCUAGCAGGUUAUGCCAUCUUCGGUGCUGGUUUGACUGUAGGCUUCACCAAUCUAGCCUGUGGUAUCUGUGUGGGCAUUGUGGGUAGCGGAGCGGCCCUAGCUGAUGCCCAGAAUGCUAGUCUCUUUGUGAAGGUCCUCAUCGUUGAGAUCUUUGGAAGCGCUAUUGGUCUGUUUGGUGUCAUCGUUGGUAUUUUACAGGCCAGCAAAUAUUCUUUCAAGACUGACAGUACAGCAUAAAGCUGAGUGUUAGGAUAGAGAUGGUUUAUUGACUCAUCAAAAGGGCAAACAUAGUAUGCAUCAGUUCAACCAUACCAACAAUUUUAUUUCAAUCUGAAAAGGUGCAAGCACUGGAUCAUCCCUAUUUCAUCAACAUUAAAGUGUUGCAACAAAUAUACUGUAGAUUUAUUAUCAGCAUACAUUAAAAGCAGGUACAGUCAUAUCUGUUAACUAAAUUGCCACCAAAA